AUGCUGUCGCGCUCGGCCUCGCAACGCGGCGCAAAGCUACCGCAGCUGAGCCGCCGCCCGUCCGCGAAAGACGACGCCCCCGCGGACGCACUCAAGCCGGACGAAGACGCGAUCGACGACGUGUUCGCCCAAGUACAGGAGACGGGGACGCUGGACGGCGCCGCGCGCCGCCUCGCCGCACUCGCGGCCGCCGAAGACGGCCCGGGGACGGCGCAGAGCCAGCGGCGGCAGGGAUGGUGGGACGACCCGGAGGAGGCGGCGUACUUCGCUGCGCAGGGCGACGAGGACGAGAGCGAGAUCGAACACCUCAACGAGGUGGUGGACGGGCUGUGGAUCGGCGACCUCGUGGCGGCAAUGGACGCCGAGGGGAUGCGUGAGCGCGGCAUUACAAACGUCGUGUCCCUCCUUCGCCCGCGGCUCGACUUCGCGCCCGACUUUGCCGCGUACGCCAUCGAGAUCGACGACGCGCCCGAUACAGACAUCCUCACGGUCCUCCCCGCCGCCCUCCAGAGCGCUGCCGCGCCCCAGACCAAAGCUGGCGCAGUCCUCGUCCAUUGCCAAGCGGGGAUGAGCCGCUCCGCCACCGUCGUCGCCGCGUACCUCAUGCGCCACCGCCGCUUGGAUCCCGUCGAGGCUGUGUCGUUCCUCCGCGAGAAGCGGCCCGUCGUGGAUCCCUCAGACACGUUCUGGCACCAGCUCGGAUUGUAUUACCUCGCCGAUGGACGGGUUACGCUCAAGGACCGCAGCACGCGCCAGUUCUAUCUCGAACGUACUACAGGAUAUGUUAUGAGUGAGUGCAUUGUAUGGCGUGGCCAGCCCGCGACCCCGGCGGGGGGCCACCGCCGCAAGAUCCGCUGCAAGAUGUGCCGGCAACACCUCGCGCUGCGCGAGCACAUGAUGGACCACAUCCUCGACCAUGGGAGCGCCGCGUCGUCGCCGCCCAAUACGAAUCCGCCAUCGCCCGCGGAGCCGCGCCGCCGCGCCUCCUCCACCCUCCAGUUCACGCCGGCGGCGCCGCAUCCCGCCGCAGGCGGGAUCACGGGCGGGCCCCCCAUCCUCGUUAACCCCAAGUGCUCGGGAUACUUCGUCGAGCCGCUCACGUGGAUGGAGCCUGUGCUCGCGAACGGCGACGUCGCGGGCAAGCUCGUGUGUCCCAACCCCAAGUGCGGCGCCAAGAUCGGGAGCUACGACUGGGCAGGCGUGCAGUGUGGCUGCAAGGAGUGGGUGACGCCGGUAUGUUACAAAGUCGGACGCGCUGACGGCAGGGAUUCUGCAUCUCGCGCAGCAAGGUCGAUGAAGUUUGGUAACUACAUAGGGAACAGCAGAAUGCAUUGCAGUAGACUCUGCUCAUGA